AUGGCGAUACCCAACUACUAUGAACUCUUGUCGCUGCAAUUCGAUCCCAACUUGACGACGGAUCAAAUUCGGGCGGCAUACAAGCGGGCUUCCCUCUUGACUCAUCCGGAUCGAAACCCCAAUCUGACUGAAGCUGAACGCCGCCUUGCAACUGAAAAGUUCCAAAAGGUUGCAGACGCAUAUUAUGUACUUUCGGAUCCGAGCAGAAGAAGGGAGUACGAUGAGAUCUGGAGGACUCAGCAACAAUCGAACUUCAAUUCAGAUCAUCGAAAUCAAACGACGGGUAACUCCUUCAGCGAUCCGUUACAGUUCUUCAAAAACUUUUUGUUCAAUUACACUCAAGGCUCGACGUCCAAUUCAACCCAUCAGCCAGAAGGUCAUCAAUCUAGACCAGAUCCGGAAGCUACUUUUGCUGAUGUUUUUGAAGAUUUAUUAAGGCCAGAGAUGGAACGAACUGCUGAGACAAAGACGACGAAAUGGAAAUAUCUCGGAGCGGCAUCUGGCGGGACCUUAGGGUUUAUCGUUGGCAACUUACCAGGCUUGGCGAUCGGAUCUCUCGCUGGAAACCGACUAGGUGCUAUCAGAGACGCCAAAGGAAAAUCAGUAUGCGAGGUCUUCUCUAGCUUAGAAACCAACCAAAAGACUUUAAUCAUAAAGGCUUUAGCAUUGAAAGUUCUCGGUUACGCUUUGACUUAG